AUGGAUUUGCUAACUAUUUUGGCAUUGAUUUUCUUGACAACAUUUUGUGCCUUUUGUACAUUUCGUCUACUUCUAAAAUUGGUUUGUGUGAGAAAAGUUAGUCCAACUUCUCAACAACAAGAACAACAACUUGAUUCUGGACAUCGAGUAUUUGUUUCAAAUACACAACAUACAUGUGAGUUUUUUUUUAUGAAACGUAGAAUGAAAUUUCGAUGAGAUGUCUAUCAAAAAACAAACAUUUUGGUUCAAAUAUUCUAAUCAGUGAACUCGAAAACUGAUAACAAAAAACAACAUACCAACCAAGCUGUUUUUAUCGGUAUUUUUAACAAGAACUUUGAUAAAUAAAUGAGAUUUUCGGAAUUGGAUAAUAAAAAUUGGACAAAGAGUUCAUAUGAUUGAAAAACAAGGAAAUAUAUGACUUUGAUUUUUUGGAAUUUUUGGGUUUUUGAUAAAAAUAACUUCCAAAAUUCCUUUCAAAAUAAAAAAAAUUCCAAAAAUAUUUACGUGGCCUCAUUUGACGUUUCAAUUUUUCCACAUUUUUAGAAUUUCAUUUCGAAAAUUUUAGACUUACAAAUGACACGGAUAUCUUUUUUUCUGGUGAGUAACGAUAAUUUUCCUGAAAAUGAGUCUAAAAACAUUCCAAUUAUUUAUAAUCGAAAAUAUAUGUAGAAUAUCAAUAAGACCUUACCCAAUCCUACAGCUCUGAUUUCAAAUGUGCCGAUUUUUGUUUUCCAAAUAUUUUUGUAUUAAAAAUUAAGAAUCCCUCAAAAACAAUUGUUUCGUUUCUUUCCUUGUUCUAUUCAAAAAAAGUCGGUGUCUGACCUAAGAAUAACUCUCUCAUAUAUUUACACCAAAAAAAAAACCAAAUUACGUCAUCAACCACAAAAGUGUCUUACUCAUCAAGAAACCGCGAUUACUAACAUUUAUUACACAUUUCGGUGGUGUUUUAUUUCAGACAGUCGAAUAUAUGUUGAUGAAUCGCAAAAUGUGAGAAGUGUCACAAUUACUCGAAUCGCACCAAAUUCUUCCGUCACACCAAUUGUCGGUUAG